AUGGCCCGGUAUGCCGAAUAUGCGGCGGGCUGUGGAAAGUUUAGCUACGAGAUUCAAAAGUUUACGCCGAUGGCCCUCGGGGAGCAGAAGUGUUUUCGCGCCGACGAAUUCGGCAACCAUAAGGACGUCAAUCCAGACUUCCAGAACCAAUAUGUUGGGUGGGCGUGCGUCGGAACGGCAUUGGAUCAAAACAAGAUCCGAAAGGGCGACACAAGCAGCUUCGUUCAUUUCAAUACUACGACGAAUGGCCUCCCAUAUCAGUACAACAUUUACUGGGCUGAGUGA